AGUAAAAAUUUAAUUCGGUAAAAAUAUUGUCAAUCUUAAAAUUAGUAACCCACUGCCAUUGUUCUAUUUUCGGUUCAAAUAGUGAGUGUAUAUAUAUCGAGGUGUAUAUCCUUGAAACAGGCGGAACACAAAAAAAACCCAUCCAAAAUAUAUUAACGUAAUUAUUUUGAAUUAAACUAUCUAGUCCGAACAAUCUAUUUUACUUGACUUCGAUAUUAUUACAUCAUGACCGAAAUGAGAAGCAACACCGAAACCUAAUUCAUUUUUCGGACAUAGAUACAAGUAAACCGUAAACGGUCGGUAUGGAUGGAAUCAGGGUUGUUCACAGCUAGAAUUUAACUUAAAACAACAAAAAUAAUACAAACGAAAAUUCGAUAAAUCAAUUGAUUUUUUUCCCUCCAAUAAUGUCUCAUCGAAUUGAGCGCUUGACAAUAAACUUGAUAAAUACUUUCGAAAUGGAGGCUUUCCAGUUUAAAAUUAAAAUUAAAAAUUUAUGAUGGGAAUCAGUUGAUUGUCACACAUGUGGGCUCGUAAUACGUUUAUCCUUGUCAUACUAAACUAAAUUUUCUUUAAAGAAAUAUUAAAAACGGAUUUUGUACACAUAGUCAAAGGAAGUGGAUUGACACAGUUUUUGUAGUAUAUAUUUAAAUCGAGUCAAUUCAUUUGUUCCAUUCAAACGUUUCCGAGUUUUAAUCGAGCAAACAACAAAAGUAACUGAGAAAAAUAUUUUUUUAACAAAAAAUAGAUUCAUAUCCCGCAUCUUAGCGUUGACUGUAGCCGUUGAUUGUUAUUCAAAUUUCAAUAGAUUUUCGUUAUCGUUAAAACCCUGAAUUUACUGUGCCCUAUUGUAUUAGAAAGGCAGAUAGUUCAUGUUAUUUGCGUUUACCUUCAUUCAUUUAUUUAUUUGAAGUAUAGAUAAACGUAGUGCUGCAUGUGAACAGUUAAACCUGUGACAUUAAAAUAAUCAAAUUUCAUUACGAUCGAGUUUGUGAUACAGAAAAGUCAAAGGGAAGAAAAACUCUUUGAACAGACUCAGUUUGUGACCAAUAUAUAUUCUACAUUCGAGCGGUGAGACAGCUCUUACACACGAUACUAAUCUACCAAACACUUUGAGCCAACAAUGAAACGAUUCUGUGGAUUACUAAACUUUUUCCUUCUACUAACGGCUGUACCUGCACAUCCAAUGAUGGGAGAUGCAGAUACAACAAUAUCGACAUCAUCAGCUGAGAUGAGUACUGUUGCAUCAAAACCUUCUGUGGAGGAAACUGACACUACAAUGACCCACGCACCUACGACAACUGUGGCUCAACUGGAUUCGGUUACGGAUGUGAACACAGUCGCAUCCAUGGACUCAAGUACAACAUUAUCCACAAUUACUCCAUCGAUUGCAGGUAUGACAAACUUAUUCGAAACACCAACUGCAUUUGUGACGGACAAUAAAAUUCAAGAACCUACUACAACAGCCCAUUCGACAUCCAUGCCUGAACUAAGCACAAUGGUAGAAGCGGUUGAAACAAGUUCAGUUACUUUAUCUGAUACAACAACCCAUUUGACACCUGCAUCUGAGCAGAGCACAAUGAUGCAAACAGUUGAUACAACGAGCCAUGUAACACCCGCAUCUGAAAUGAGCACAAUGGUGCAAGCACUUGAGACAAAUUCAGUUGUUUCAUCUGAUACAACCACCCAUUUGACACCUGCAUCUGAGCAGAGCACAAUGGUGCAAGCAGUUGAUGGAAAUACAGUUGUUCCGCCUGAAACACCAUCGGAGACUAUAACUACUACAUUACCGAUGACAUUACCUGCCACAACAAUGACAAUGACUACUUCCAACCAAGAUGCGAAUGAAAUAUUGCAGCCAGCAGGCGACCCAGGCUUCUCUGCAUCAAACUUAGCAUCCUUAUUCGGUAAUAAUAACAUGAAUCCAGGUGGUGAUUUAGCGGUACUGAACAAUAUUGAUGGUCAUGCUGACGUUGAUAAUGUUUUAACAAUGUCGUCCAACGAAGAAACAACCCGAAUGGCAAGUUCAACUGACUCGAAAAUUGAUGGCGGCGAUAAGCAGACUGCCCCGUCGGCUCCAGUAACGGAACCGCCAAAGCCACAGGAAACAAACGAAAUGGGUGAUGGUAAUAGUGGUUGCCAUACCAUUUCGGCAAGUUUGGCUGUUUUAUCUUUGGCUGUAUUCUAUCUGAUAGUCUAAAUUGUUUCAUGUCUGUGCUUUUUGUAUGUUCGUUAAGUUAAGUUAAUUUAUUAUACCAAUGAAGAUGAAGUAA